AUGAAAGAUUUAGUGACAGAAGUGAACAGAAAGAGUAACAGAAUCAUGUGGAUCCGAUUAGGCCUUGAAGAUUUUUCGAUGAAUAUAUUUAGUGUGUAUGCACCACGAACAGGAGGCACAAAUGAAGAAAAAGGACAGUUCUGGGCGGCACUACAAGAAGAACUGGAGAAGGUUGAUAAAUGUGAAAGAUGCAUAAUUAGAGGAGACAUGAAUGGUCAUGUUGGUAGCAGCAAUGAUGCCAUCGGUCGCAUACAUGAAGGAUAUAUUUAUGGAAAUGGUGAUGAGGAUGGAGAGAAGGGCGGAAGAACGCCUACCCGGGAGCGGCGGAGGGUCGCCUGCCCGGGGCCCCCGGAUGAGUCGCCUGUCCAGGACGCGGCGGAAAAAACGCUUGCCCAGGACGCGCCGGAAGAGACGCCUCCCCAGGACGGCCCCGGAAAGACCCCUGCCCGGCCCCGCCCGAUGUCGCCUGCUCAAAUGCCCGGAAAGACCAAACCUGCUAAAGACGCGCGGGAAGAGCCCCUUUCCCCAGGACGCGGCGGAAAAAACCCCUGCCCAGGACGCAGGGGAAAGAGACCCUCCCCCGGGACGCGCCGGAGAUCCCUGUCCAGGCCCGGGGGGAAGAGACGCCUGUCCAGCGCGCCGGAAGAGACCCCUGCGGAAAGACCGCCGGUGAGUCCCUCCCCAGGACGCGGGGGAAAAGAGACGCCUCCCCGGGGACCGGGGGAAAGAACGUUUCCCCCAGGCGCGGGGGAAGAGACCCUGCUCAAGACGUCCCGGAUGACCCGCCUCUCAAGACGCGGCCGGAAAAACCCCUGCCCGGGACGCGGCGGAAGAGACGCCCUCCCCGGGCCGGGGGAAAGAGACGCCUGCCCGGGACCGGGGGAAAAGGACGCCUGCCCAGGACGCGCUGGAGGGCCCGCCUGCUCAGACGCGGCGAAAGAGACGCCUCUCAAGACGCGCCGAAGAGACCCUCUCAAGACCCUGCGGAAGGACGCCCCCGGGACGCGCCGGAUGAGUCCCUGCCCGGACGCGGCGAAAAAAAACCCCUGCCCAGGACGCAGGGGAAGAGACCCUUCGGACGCCCCGGAAGAGACCCUGCGGAAGACCCCCGGAUGA